AUGGCUGCCACAACAUUCCAGCGCCUACCGCUCCCCGAUCCACAGGAUUGGGUUGCCGGAGAGCGACUGUUUCCGAGCAACGUCAUCGCAGGAUACAAUGCCAAGUAUAACGAGUACAACAAGGAAACGUGGGCGGCAUAUGUUUUAAAACACGGUGAGGGUUUUGAAGCAUGCGGGUCAACGAUUGCGUAUUCUGCAAUUAACUCUGGAACUCCAAAGGAUCGUAUGUGGUUUGGAUAUGUGUUUAGAGGUGGAAGCACUACGGUGAAGGAUUAUAAGAGGGCUGAAAAUGUGGAAGACACCAUUGUUUACACCAAGAAGUAA